GGGCUCGACUCCUUAGCCUUGAUUUCUUCAAUUGUCCCUCUGCAUGUCAACUUUUUUUUAUAUAAAGAAAAGCCUGUUCGCGAUGACAUUUGGAGGUGAAUUGGCAGAAGAGGUCAGCCAGGUGAUUUCAGAACUGGUUCCUGUGCGGGCUGACUGGCUUGCAAGUUUCAGUUCCUGUGCAGUACAGUAAAGCUCCUUGCUUGAUCAGAGGAUUGCAAUGAAACCAGCUCAGGAGCGCAACCAGGAGUGCCUGCCUCCAAAGAAGAGGGACCUCCCAGUCAGUAACAGCAGUGGAGCUGCAGGGACAGCAGGUAUUGGGGCUGCAGGAGGAGGAGGUGGUGGCAGCGGAGGUGUUAGUAGUGCUGGUGGUUGCGUUGGAGAAGAUGAAGUGGUUUCCAUCCAAAACUCUGCAGCUAACAGUGACACUCAGGGAGGGACCCCGUCUGGAGAGUGGCUGAGAGCUCAACCAGGCCUUCAUUAUGGAGUGGAUAAUUCUGAUGGCAUACCAGCGGUGCCCGUUGACCAGUACAGUAUGCUCUACAAAGUGGCUCUUCCAUCUGUUACCUACUCACCUACCAGUCUUCAUCCAGUGUUAAGCCACAUCUCUCCAGCCUACACUGUACACUCGCCUCUUCUGCAGCAUCCAGGCCUUCCCUAUCCUCCUCUCGGCUACGCCCAGAUCCCUCAUUCCUCUCUCCAGUUUGUUAGUUCCCCUUAUGCAGCGGUACCUUACGCUCUACCCCCUGGCUUCGUUCCAGGAUCACUAAUCUCUCCCUCAGGCACCAUUCCUCAGCCCCACGCUGUGUCCCACCUUGUUCCUUAUUCAUCUGUCAUACAGGAGGGUGUUGUUUCCCCACCUCCCCAGGCCCAGGUGGCUGCUCAUACCUUUGCCAAAGUUGCAGCAUCCAGCGGUGUCCCGCUGAUGCUGCCUUCAGAGCAAGCUGCCCAACAGCACCUUGGUACUGUGGGAGUCCUGCCUGCAACGGAAGUUGGCCCUCGAGGGAUGCCGGUCUUCUACCACGCUCAGGGCGCCAGGGCUGCUACUGCCACCAGAGACCCCCACAGUGCCCAGCAGGAGAAUGAACCAGAGAUGAAUGGAGGCGAUAAAGAGCAGGGAGCCAGGGAGGUUAUACUAGACUCAGCCUACAUCGCUAAAAAUGCACGUCUGCUGCAGGCAGCAUCCAGUUCUGCAGCGCAGGAGCACAGCCAAGACAGAGGCCUGCAGAACCGAAGGCUGGAGGGGAGGAGCUCGCCUGGCCAGCGUAGCACUCCAGACAGCGACCUGGAGGUGCAGCAGGUGGUUGGUCGUUUUGCGUCCUCUAGCCAAGGUGCUAGCGCAGUGCGGAAAGAGGUCUCCUUUGCUCCCUUGAACCUCUCUCAGGGUGCCCAGAGAGCCAGAGAUGUCCACGGAGAGAGCACGGGUGUAAUUUCCAGCCGGACUGCGUACACGGCCCAGCCUGUGAGCUACAGUGACCCUAGAUUGACCGGUCUACAGCAGCAGACAGGGCAACCAGGCCAUGCCGUCAUGCUUGCCAAUGGGCAGCCAGUUCUUAUUCCUCUGGAGUAUCACCUGCAGCAUCAGCCACAACCACCGCAGCAACACUACCCAGGACAGGCUAAUGAUGCCUCAGCCAGCCAUGCCUCGACCACCAGGGCCUCCCCUAACCCAAGCUUUAAAGCCUCUGAUUCUUCAGCCAGAGUGUGCCUCCCUGAAAGGGUGGAGCCAACCACAGCUCAGCAGCAGCUCGCCCAGCAGCCUCCUGUCCAGCCUACAGCAGAUGUGACUCAGGCCUUAGCUUCAAGCCUCGCUCCUGCCCCAGCUUCUUGCAACCCGUCACACUUCAUGAAGGGCGCCAUCAUCCAGCUGGCUACUGGGGAACUGAAGCGUGUGGAGGACCUGCAGACUCAGGAUUUUGUGCGGAGCGCCGAGGUGAGCGGGGGGCUUAAGAUUGACUCCAGCAUGGUGGUGGACAUCCGUGCCAGCCAGCAGAGACCAGGUCUUGUGUCGCUUCACUUCACCGUGGGGGAACAGCAGAGCAAAGUUACCAUCGAUGUGCCCCCGGAGCACCCCUUCUUUGUGUUCGGCCAGGGCUGGUCGUCCUGCAGCCCCGAGCGCACAGCCCAGCUCUACGGCUUGGCCUGCCAUCAUCUGCAAGUAGGUGACGUGUGUGUGUCCAUCACCCUGCAGCAGCAGCUUCAGGCACAGCAGCAGAAACAGCCACAGCACCAUCAUUCACAGCAGCAGCAACAACAGCAGAGCCUGUCCAGGACUUUGAGUAAAACCAACGCUUCGUCAGGAACUGGUCACCAGCUCAUGGGACCUCCUGCCCCUCAGCAGUCACGGCAGCAAUCUCAUUUCAGGCUAGACCGCAUCCACAGAGAAAGACAGAGGGAUGGAGAAAAAGAUGGGGUCGAUAAGGAGGAAGCCACACAUUUUGGGGUCAUUGGGCACGCUGAGUCGCCCGUCAGACCAAGUAGGACCUCAGCAGAGCAUCCACGGAGCCAGAGCAGUUACCACUUGCACACAGAGGGCUCUGCUUUUGCAGGGGCGAGCAUGGGAGCGAUGCAGGCUGCGCUAGGUGCUUCUCAGAGGCGCUGGUCCUCACCUGGCCUCCAAAGAUACAAUAUGAAGGGAGACGAAGGGCCGCGCCCUCAAAUAAGCACCUCCGGCCACACGAGGCCCUCUUUCAUCCCCCAGGAGGUCAAACUGUCCAUUGAGGGGCGCUCUAAUGCAGGGAAGUAGCAUCACAUUUGGUAGCAACCGUAGAGGAGACUGCGACGAGUAAGAUCGAGUCUGACAAGGAGAGAAAGAGGAAAAAAAAAGAGUGCGAAUGUAGCCUCAGAAUGUUGAGAUUUUGCACACCUAAAAUAUACAAAAAAUACAAGAUCUUUGUCUAUGUGGUGAGAAGUUCUGGGUCGGUUUGGUUGUCACUCAGCCAAAGGAUACGAGCCUGUGGUUUCCCAGCCAGCUGAGGUCUGACAGGGACAUGACAAGCUGAGUAGAAAGUAUGUAGCCGAUGUAAUGCCUCUCAUAGUCCUCACACACUGCACUUACUCUUCCUCCCUCCCUCCUUUGUCGCCACUUCCUCAUAACCAUGCAUUGGAGGUUACCAUCGCGUUCAGAACACUCUUGCUUCCUUUCUGACCAAACUGUCUCUUUGGAAGACCACAGACUACCAACAGUGUGUUUGUAGCACAGUGAAGCAGCUACCGGCUCUGCAGGUUUUGGUGUAUGUCACAGAUCACAGCCGGUGAUCUUUUAUCUCCUCCAUUCCUAAGAUCCCGUUCCCUAUAAAAGCAUUUACCCAAAAAAAAAAAGGAGAGCGGUGUUGCUGACAUCAGCAGCUCCUGUGGCGAUGUUGGCACUGUUGACGCUAACUGUCAGCGUAUGUUACAUUAUGCUUCUCCGGCAGGAGUCUGAAAACCUCCUUUGUCAGCAGAGAUGCCCUCUCGGCCUGCAAAGAACGGGAUCCUCUCUCAGGCCAAGUGCGGCGUGUCCCACUUGUCUUACAAUCGAAAUAGUGAUAAAUCAAUCAGUCUUUCUGUUCAGCAAUCAGUUUCCACUCCAAAAAAAUUGCCUUCACUAUGCGCCAUCAUGCCCUCUGGUUUAAGACGAGGGCCCAAACGUGUGUGUGUGUGUGUGUGUGAGUGCGUUUGCAUAAAUGUCGCGGAUGGAAUAACGCUCUGUUCUCUGUGAUAACUAAAGAUCUUGCAUUCCCAGUAUCAUCAGUGAGAACAGGCAUCACUUAGCACAUCACUUAGCGUUUCACUUUCCCCCCUUUUUAGAGUCCCUUCCCAUCCAGAGCGACACCCUCCCUCCUCCUCACAAUACCUCAAAGCUUUCCCGACCAGACUGGUGACUUUUAAUGCAAUUGUAAAGAGCAUAAUUAUCGGAGGAAGCACUGGCUGGUCAUCACCAAAGCCACCUGUGGGAAUGAACCCGAGAGACGUUACCCAGUCACAUCACUGGCUGCAGGCCACUUUAGCCUAAAAAAAAAAACCCCCGGAGGAGUAGAAUGAAGGGACUUGGAGAGAAACCGAGUCAGUGAUGAGCUGGUCUCUUUGUCCUCAACUUGAGUUACUCUUUGCUCAGUUACCAAAUUAAAGCAAUAGUUUUAUUCACAGCACGCGGCUGUACUGCUCUUCCCCAGGAAUCUCUCGUCGUGGGCUGUUUUAUAUCUCUGUACACAUGAGGGGCGAGCUCUGACCCUCUUUCAGCCCUCAACUUUUUCAAGGUGAAGCACUAUCUCGCUGUUCAUCCUCAUCGACGCAUCAGUAUUUCUCCAGAGGCCGAGCAUGCCUUUGACAAAUUCUCUCAAGAAACCACGAUAGAUGAAGCCGCUUCUCUUUGGUUCUCCAUCUCACUGAUGAUAUUUUAUCUUUUGUGGAUUUACUCAAGUGCAUCUCCAAGAAAGGCUUGACUCUAAUUAAGUUUGUGAUCAUUAUCGAGUUGUCUUCUGUUCUGUCUUUCGUUUGGAUGUAUACGUUCCUUCGCUUUUGUACUAGGAUAUACUUUAUCCAGUGAUAAAAAAAAAAUCUUAUGAUUGUCUUGUGUUGCACAUAAAAAUGUCACUCAUUGACUUCACACUGACCUUGUUAAUAGGAAUCACAGUACAGUACGUGUUUUUGUAAUGAAGGGAAUAUGUUUGAAGUAUUGUUGUUGGUGUUUUGUGGUGAGAGAGAGAAAACUGACUCGCAUUUUUAACUCUGUUUACAAAUCAGCCAAGAUGAAUGCUGCAGUUUCCUACGUCUGACAGAUUUUUAUCCUCUUCUUGAUAUCCAAAAAUCCUUAAGGGUGUAAUUGAAAACAAGUGCAAUUAGAUCACACAUAAAAUCAUUCAGAGGUUUCUAAUCAGAUGGCAUUCCUCACACAGACAUUCCCAUCGGAAAGUGGAAAUCAGACAGAACCUGAGUUCUCUAUCUUCUGUCAUAGAUCACUCGUGGAGUAUUUCAUGCAUGACCUGUAACGUUUCCUUUCAUUGGAUGUGCUCGGACGGGAGGAUCAGUGGUCACGUGGUUGUCGCGUUUGUGUGCGGUUGAGGUGUAGGUGCUGUCGCCCGGACGCUGUUGUGUGUGCGUGUCUACCCGUCCUCUUCGGCUCUCUUAGCUUGAAUGGAGCCCGUGACUGCUUGUGGUUCACCGAGCGUACAGUCGGACCCUCCGUCAGCAGACUCUCAUCCUCUGGUGCUGUCAUUAUGAGCAGCUUUAAAGGGCAGGUUCACUUUUUUCAAGUCUGUCUUAUUGCUGUCUUUGGCUGCACCAAAUGCUUUAAAAAAAAAACAUUUGAAGCUUCUAUUGAGGUUUUAAAAAUAAAACUUUGCAUUUCUGUCAUCAUAUUUCAUGACGUCAUUACCAUUAAAGAAAACAACCCUAAAACAAAACCCUCAAUUUAAAAAAACCCUUGGUUCGUGGUGUUGAAUGAGCUUUUUUUUUGUUAGCGUGGUUGUAUAAAUGUAAUCUACGGUGCUGUUAGAUUGCUGCUGGACCGCCUUGUUAAAACAGGUGCUUGCCUCGCUUUGUGUGCAGCGAGUGGGGCCGCAGUGAAAAUAUUGUUAUUGGAAGGCUAAAUGUCACCAAAUAUGGAUGGAAACAGAAUAUUACAUAUGAUAAAAAAGUGAGUUUUUGAAAUGAUUUCAGGACUUUACAACGCUGCGAAUUUGAUCAGAAACAAUCCUGUGCAGCAUGAUAAUAAGGAAGCCUAAUCUUUAUGUGCAGCUGUGCUGAAAUACAUUUAAAAAACAUUAAAUUUAGUCGCUGUCCACACCGGCUGUGUAAAGAUCCCGCAGCUAGUGACUCUUUCAGCACGCAUGUGGACAAGCUAGCGUUGUUUUAAGAUCAGACUUGAAAACAUGUGAACCGUCCUUCAUAAUGUUUUGCAGUGGGAGAUUCUGAAAAUCAGUUUACUACAGUCACAGUUUGUAUGUUUGUUUCAUGCUGUAAGCAAUAUACAUAACACCUGAAAACAUUUCAUGUCGUCUUGGCGUUUUCUAUGCAGUAAACUCAGUAUUGUACCCUUCAUUGUCUUAAGUACAGCUCUCUGAAGCAGCAGGGCAGGUCGGCUGAUGCAGUCAUUUUAUGCUCAUCUGGUUAUAGGAUUGGUUUGUUUUUUUGCUUUCAAUGACCCUUUUAUAGGAGUACAAACCAGUAUUUUGCUUUGCUACUUUCUACUUCUUGCUCAGUGGUCCCGAUCUUCCUACGUGUGGCACACUGCUGAAUCACAGAUCAGUUAACUUUUAUUGUCUUCUUAUGAUGCCGCACGGUCGGAGCCAAAUCUCUCGAGCUUGUCCCGCAUCAUUUCGGCCCGGCCGCUUCGGCACGCGCAUUGUGGGUCAGGAUGCAUCUGAGGGGAUUUAAACGGUGCAAGCAGUGCCACCUGUGACUUCACCUCCUGUUAAUUCUCACAGCAGGCCCACCCCAUGCAGGUUGCCCCCCCCUCCGCCCUCUGCUUUGAGGAGCGUGUGCCAUGUUCAAGCAGGAGAGCUCGACUGCUACCAAGAUGUCCAAUGAAUCUUAUUCACGUCACUGAUAGUCUGUUGCUGUAAGUAAUUGCACUAAAUGCCCUCCUUUACAGUGUUGUAAGAUGAAAACUGUUGGUGAAUUGAAGAGUUUCAAAAUGUAAAGCACACAAAAUCAUGGAGAAAUUGCAGGUUGUGUGUUUCUGUAGAUAGAUGUAUUUUUGUUUUGUUGUAUAGAUCGCUUCGAUGAUGCUUGUCGAUAAUGCCUUAAAUUCUGCUUUGUACAAUGUGUGAAAUUUAAAUAAUGGAAUGAUGCUUCUGGUAGACUCGGUGUUCCCUUUUUUCAGACAGAGGAGGUCAAAAAUGUCAAGGCUCGACAUUCUUGUUGUCACACUUAUGAGCGGAAAUUCAUAUUUAUGUUUCUUUUAGGGUGACGGUGAAUUCUGUUUGGACCACAGACGGUUUAGUCAUAGGUUGUUUUUUUUUUUUGUCUUUCCUUUUUUUUUCCAUUGUCUGUUCCGUUACAUUUUUAAUAUACUCUUAAUGCUCCUUUUUUUAAAUUCCUGUUUUUUUCUGUGUGUGGAAGUGAAGUAAAUGGAAGCUCUUAUUUAACCAAACGAUGCCAAGAGUGUCAGCAGCAGAAAGUAAUCCAUGAAUUCCACACACACACACACACACACACACACACACACAAAUACACACACAAACAGACAGACAGACACGCACACGUUUUUUUUAAAUUUUUUUUAUUGUUGCACAAGAUCAGUAGUUUUUUUAUCCCUUGAAUUAAUGGAUUGUGUUUGGUGUCUUCUACUUUGUCCCCCAGCCAACAAAGGUCGGUUUGCAGCAGUGGAGGCUGCAUAAAUCAGAUAGCUUCCCACUGGUGGUAACGUAACAGUUUAUUAUGUUUUGUGACGUUGGCAGCGGGGAUUUUUACUCUGUGUGAACUGCUUCCUGUUGUUCGAUCCAAUAUUGAACUGCAAAGGUGAAUUUAGGACGGUUUUGGUGUUGCUGAUAUCGAAUUAAUUCAAGAGAACGGUUAAAAGUUUUAAAGAAGUCUGUGUAUUUUCAGAUUUGACAUUGUACUUUUUUUUGGCACAAGGUGACACUGCUUUUUAUGUGAAGUGUAACUAAAAACAAGACAAAAAACAGCAUCUUUUUUUUAAAAAAAAAUGCCUAAAUCUGCAAAAUAUAUGCAAUGAUGUAAAUGUAACAUUCAAUCCUCAAGUAUAAUCCAGGUUGUAUGAACUUUGUAUAGUGAGUUUUAAUAUCGUAUGGCCGUACCAAUAUGUAUUGAUCUUUAUCAGAAGCCUUAGAGUUGUCGACCGGAAGUGCACCCUUAGAAUACCCUACACCUACCUGACUUUAACAAAGCAUUAAUAUCUCUAUUUUGUUGCAUUUUUAUUUGUACCGUUUUUGAAUAAAAUAGAUUUGUACUGUAUAUUUGUACCUCUCUGUGAACUACUUAGGGCGGUUUUUGUUUUUUUGUUUUGCUGUUUUAAUUCUAUGUACUUUAAGGACACAAAGAUAUUGUAUUUUUAUUGUUACAGCUAACUUGGAGACAUUGCAUUUAUCAUGUUUGUUAAGUAAACACAAUAUAAUAUAUAUAUAUACAA